UCCAACUCUAAUUAAAAAAAAAAAAAAUUUAUUUCUACCGAAUCCAGUGAAAUUAAAACCUCGGAUCCAUUACUAAAGUUUGAAGUUUCAAGCAACAGCAGGGUGGAAAGGACAUGGCACAAAGGCGGUGAGGCAGUGAAGUGCUAUAACCCCAAAACAGAAAUAUGAACUGGACAAACGGGAAAGGCAAGGCAAGGCAAGGCAAAGCAAAGAGAAGAGUUGUCUUUGCUUUCAGUAGGGGAGCUUGCUGUACGCCCACACAAGCUGCUUUGUGCCUUUGGUCAUCCAUCAAUCAUCAUCUUUGGGAAAAGUCCACCACCACAAUCCCUCCAGCAACAGCCGCCCCAAAAGUAAACGCCCCUCGAGAAUUAUUCUUAUUUUUCAUCAUAAACAAUACUGCCACCACCCAACAAGCCCUUUGCCUUCAUUUUUUUUCUUUUGUUAACUGACACUUACAAUAUAAAAAAACAACUAAACAUGACUCACGAUAGCACUUUCUCUUCCUUCUGGAGGUCAAUGGGAUGUUUACUGCACUCUUCCAUCCUGCACAAUCAAACUAAGACCAGAUAAUGAUGUACUUGGCCAACUUUUUCUCUUCCUCAUGUCUUCUUCCUCUGCUUCUUACUUUGUUCUGAUGAUGAUAGAUGACAAAAAGACCAGUCUUGGUGGUUCGAGUUCAAAACCAAGGACAUUUCCCAUGCUUCAUUUGCUCUUGAAUCUUCUUUUAUUUCUUUUAUUGGCUUUCUUCUUCGCCUCUUCCGGCCACGCUGCCUGCGAUCAAAACGAUCUCGAUUCUCUCUUGGCUUUUUAUUCCAACAUAACAUUGCCAUCAUCAUCUCCUUUGAAUUGGUCUGCUUCUAUAGACUGCUGCUUCUGGGAAGAAAUAAACUGUGACGCCUCGGAUGAUAGUCGGGUCACCCAGCUUUGGCUACCCUCUAGGGGCCUAAGUGGUCAUUUAUCACCAUCUCUUUUAAACCUCACACAUCUAACUCACCUUAAUCUCUCUCAUAAUCGGUUCACCGGCUCUCUCCCUACUGGAUUUUUUACCUCCCUGAAUCAACUCCAAGUUCUUGAUCUCAGCUACAACAUUCUGUAUGGCGAACUGCCUCUGGAUUUCUUUGCAGAUGGUAAUAACAAUCUCAGCCCCAUCCAGACAGUGGAUUUGUCCAGCAACCACUUCUCAGGAACCAUCCAAUCUAAUUCAUUUCUUCAGGCAGCCCAGAAUUUGAUUAUUUUCAAUGUGAGCAACAAUACGUUAACAGGACAGGUUCCAUCCUCGAUCUGCCUCAACACUUCCCUCACUGUCUUGGAUUUAUCUUACAACAAACUUAAUGGUGAAAUUCCCCGUGGAAUUGAAAACUGUUCCAAGUUGCAGAUUUUUCGUGCAGGUUUUAAUAAUCUCUCUGGGACACUUCCUGUUGGUAUUUUCACUGCUACCUCACUUCAACAACUUUCCUUACCGCUUAAUCACCUUUCCGGGCGAAUCCAAGAUGGCAUUGUCCAACUUGCCGACCUCACCAUCCUUGAGCUCUCUUCCAAUGAUUUUGAGGGGCCCAUCCCGAAAAACAUAGGUCAGCUUUCCAAGUUGGAACAUCUGCUCCUUCACAUCAAUAACUUCACUGGUUCUCUGCCACCAUCUCUCAUGAAUUGCACCAAUCUCAUCACUUUAAAUUUGCGGGUCAACAAUCUGGAAGGAGAUCUCUCCACCUUUAAUUUCUCCACUCUCCAACGCCUUAACACUCUUGACCUCGGCAACAAUAGCUUUACAGGUACCUUGCCUUUAAGUCUUUAUUAUUGCAAGUCACUAACUGCAAUAAGACUGGCUAGUAACCAGCUAGAGGGACAGAUAUCACCAGACAUACUUGCACUGCGAUCUUUAUCAUACCUUUCAAUUUCUACUAAUAAACUAACCAAUUUUGCUGGAGCAAUAAGGAUCUUGACGGGUUUCAAGAACCUUACUACCCUCAUCCUCUCUAAAAACUUCAUGAAUGAAGAAAUACCCAAUGAUGGAAAUAUAGUGGGAGGGGAAGGCUUUCAAAACCUCCAGAUUUUGGCCCUAGGAGGUUGCAACUUCACUGGUCAAAUCCCCAACUGGCUAGCUAAGCUGAAUAAUCUAGAGGUGCUGGACCUGUCUCAAAAUAGAAUCACUGGUUUAAUUCCCAGUUGGUUGGGCAGCCUACAAAACCUUUUCUACAUAGACAUGUCUGAUAACUUUUUAACGGGAAAAUUUCCCGAGGAGCUCACAAGCCUGUCGGCACUGGCAACACAAGAGACUAACGAUGAAGUAAAUGGAACUUACCUGGAGCUCCCUGUGUUUGUCAUGCCUAAUAAUGCUACCAAUCAGCAGCUGUAUAAACAACUCUCCAGCCUUCCACCAGCUAUUUACCUGAGAAACAACCGUCUCAGUGGCAACAUCCCCAAGGCGAUUGGUCAAUUGAAAUUUCUUCAUGUGUUAGAUCUCAGCCAGAAUGACUUUUCUGGCAGCAUUCCAGAUCAAAUAUCAAAUCUUACAAACUUGGAAAUUUUGGAUCUCUCUGACAACCACCUUUCUGGCCAAAUUCCUGCAUCAUUAAGAGGCCUUCACUUUUUGUCUUCAUUCAGUGUGGCAUAUAAUGAUCUUCAAGGACCAAUACCAUCUGGAGGUCAGUUUGAUACUUUUCCCAGCUCCAGUUUUGAAGGGAAUCCAGGUCUGUGUGGUUCAGUUGUGCAGCGCAUUUGCCCCAAUGCACCGGGAAUUGUUCAUUCUACCACAACUCCAAAAAGCAUAAACACAAAACUUAUCAUUGGGCUUGUCAUUGGCAUUUGUUUUGGUACCGGUUUGGUUAUUACUGUUCUAGCAUUGUGGAUAUUGUCCAAGAGAAGGAUUAUUCCAGGAGGAGACCCUGAUAAGAUUGAACUAGAUACAUUUUCCAGCAACUCUUAUUCUGGAGUUCCUCCACCGACUGAUAAGGAUGCUAGCCUUGUUAUGUUGUUCCCAAACAACACCAACGAAGUCAAGGAUCUCACCAUAUUGGAACUCUUGAAAGCAACUGACAAUUUCAAUCAAGAAAACAUCAUUGGAUGUGGGGGUUUUGGUUUGGUUUACAAAGCAAUAUUAGCAGAUGGGACCAAACUGGCAGUUAAGAAGCUCUCAGGAGAUUUUGGACUGAUGGAGAGGGAAUUCAAAGCUGAGGUAGAGGCUCUAUCCACAGCCCAACAUGAAAAUCUGGUGUCCCUGCAAGGGUUUUGUGUGCAUGAAGGAUUUAGGCUAUUAAUAUAUUCUUACAUGGAGAAUGGAAGUUUAGACUACUGGUUACAUGAGAAAGCAGAUGGUCCAACCCAUUUAGAUUGGCAAACUCGACUAAAGAUUGCUAGGGGAGCAAGUAAUGGACUGGCUUACAUGCACCAGAUAUGUGAGCCACACAUUAUUCACCGAGACAUCAAGUCGAGCAACAUCCUUCUUGAUGACAAGUUUGAGGCACAUGUUGCAGAUUUUGGGUUGUCACGAUUGAUUCUUCCUUAUCACACUCAUGUUACAACUGAGCUCGUUGGUACUUUGGGUUAUAUUCCUCCAGAGUACGGGCAAGCAUGGGUAGCCACUCUGAGAGGGGAUGUGUACAGUUUUGGGGUUGUCAUGCUUGAGCUGGUCACUGGUAAAAGGCCUAUGGAUAUGUCUAGGCCAAAAACAUCAAGAGAAUUGGUAGCCUGGGUGCAGAAAAUGAGGAGUGAGGGCAAGCAAGAUGAAGUCUUUGAUGCUCUCCUAAAAGGAAAGGGUUAUGAUGAAGAGAUGCUGCAGGUGCUGGAUGUGGGCUGCCUGUGCAUCAACCAGAAUCCUUUCAAGAGGCCAACUAUCAAGGAAGUUGUUGAUUGGCUCAACAAUGUAGGAACUACCAUCAGAAACCAAAAUAAGGAUUAGUGAAAAGUGCCCUUCAUCACUUCCUAGGAACAGAUACGUAUACUUGCACCAAAUGUCAGAAAUAGUUUAUGCAUACUUUCACUUUAUUUUAACCGUGUAAAUAAAAUUUGCCCAUUCAUACUACAGCUGUAUAAAAAGAAGAAAUCACAAUUAACAAGGGACUAUUGUUGUAGGGUUGCAAUUGUAACCUUUUGUUAGAUAGGCCUGCUGAGACACUAGUACUCUAUAUGUUCUAAAAAAGACAGUUUCCUAGCUUCGGCUUCUAUAAAGCAAGCACCAUCUAGUUUUUGGCUACUUAAUAUAAGCUGUUAAAAUUUUGCCUUCAUGUGAAUUAUUAUUGUAGUGUCACUCACUUUCAAUAUCUACCAGAUAAAAGUCAAUUAAAAUUGUUGGCGGUAAUAGACCCCUCAUAUAUGAUUUUUAGGAGCAGUAAAAACACAUCUAGCUAAUGCCAGCAGGUUAUAGUAUUUAUCUUUUGUUUCACAGGAACUAAUAAGUUAAACUACAAAGGCAAUGGUUUAACCUUUUAUCAUAAUACCUGCCACAACAUCAAAUAUUAGGGAUGUUCAUUCAUUCGAAAUCUUAGUCCUAACUUCCACAGAGAAACAAGCAAAAAUAUUAUGUCAAAUGAUGGUAAAACAAGUAAUAUAAGAAACAUGAACUCAUAAGCAUUGUAUGAUGCAUCUGCAUAAUUAUAAUCUCCCAUGUGAAAUCAAAACGACACAAAUAUAUGCUAUGUCCUGAGUUGUGACAUCUUGUUUUAGGAUGACUUGUCCAACGUUCUGCAAACUCUAUGUUUCCUAGAUGUAAAGAAUAUAUGACUAGCUGUGCUUUUGCUUAUUUUCUAUCUUCUCAAUCUCAAGUAUGUCUUCAUCACAAUCAGUGCUCAAAAAAAAAAAAAUUCCUGAAACAAAGUCCUUCACUAUAAGCAAUAAGGCUUAAAUUGAAAACUUCAAUUUAUUAAGGAAACAUGUAAUAAACAGCAGUCAAUUGCUAAAAUUCAAGGCAGUUCAUUUGAACCAAACUUAAGAAUUAAAAUUGAAAAUUAAGUUAACAAAAUUUGGACAAAAAAAUGUCAUGAAAUAGAAAGUUUAAGAACUUCUAGAGGCCUAAAUAUAUUUUUCUCUUUUGGAUGAACAAUUUUAUUCUUAAUUUUUCUUAAUUUUUUUCUUUUUCGAGGGCUCAGAAAAGUUAUAAUAAAAGUUAACCUAACAGCAUAAUCCCACCAUACUUGCCAAAGUAUCAAGUAAUUAACAAGAUCCUUUUGCAUUAUAUAUGAUGUAAGGAUCACUAUGAAAGGAUAUAAGGACAUAACAUACUAAAAUUAAUUAAAUUUGCAUCUCUAGAAUUUGAAAUGUAUGUAUGUAUACACACAAAUACAUAUCACACACAUACAUUAUAAUGUCAUGGAUCACUGAUUUCAUUUAAAUUUAUCUAUCACCAAUCUUACAUGGAGUCAAGAUAUGGUGUUAGGCAUGGUUAUACUUCAUGGUUUUCUUGUUGCAAUUUAUUACAUUAAUUUGCAGGAUCUAAGCAUCAGACCUUUGUGAAUUCCAAGUGUCCAACAAGUGUUGUGACUAAGGCAAGUAAAAGUAAAGUAAAGAGUCCACGUGAUAUAGGCUAUCAAACUUUACUUCUCGGACAGCAAGUUGUGCAGACUAUUUUCUGUCCUACCUAAUUUAAAUUUUCUACUAAGCAGAUAGUUUUGCAUCAUAUAUUCCAACUACAUAGGUAAAAAAAGAGAGUGACAUACUUGUUAUUAGAAGAAAUAAAUUUCAAGAGAAAAAGUGAUGUUGCUCUUGGUUGGAGUUAGAAAUUAACCGUCCAAAGACUGAUAUUGAAUGGGAAAAUUUUUAUUGUACUGAUAAUUAGUGGAAAAACAGAUCGAAACGGUUAGCAAAAAAACUAACAGAGCUGCUCAGAAUUUUGCAUUUUGCAAACCCAUAUCUGACAAGGAUCUUAAAGAAUCAAUUUCUGCUGGUAGGGGAUUUUUCAUAAAACAACCUCUAUCAAAGUUCUGUUUCUUCUAACUCCCAGACCCCAAUCAAACAAAGAGAUGGAUAGUUUUCUUUUGACUGAAAACCCCAUUUCUAUGAUUGAAAAUGGAGUUGAAAAAUAAGCUUAAAACACUUGAAUUUGACUUUUCCUUUUUAUUACUACUGUACAAUUCAUCAAACAUGUGGAGUGCAACAGGAAAGGCAAACAAAACAAUGAAAAUAAUGCAACUCCAAAAACUCUUUUCAAUUUGGCUAGUCAAUAAAACACCAAACAAUUAGAGGAUUCUUCUAAAACAAUGCAAAGCAUGCCUUAAUCGUGCAAAACAAGUUCUUAGCUUGACUUCGUAUUUCAUAAGAAUCCCUUUUUUCUUCAAUGAAUCAUUACUUAUAUGUUCAAAUAAAUGGCCGAAAGUCAUUUCGGGUUUGAAUUCCAAAACGACCACACUUAACGUGAAUCCACAAGAUCAUAAAAUACAAAGAUAUAUGAAAACAUGUACCUUGCUUCUUUUUUUUUUUUUCUUUUUAAGUUUUUACGAGACAGUGUUGAACAUGUCGGCUAUGUCUUUCCUUAAACUUUUCAACUUUCGAACAAUCGAACUACAGACAGACAGCUUUCGCGUCAUAACUAACAACCUGCUUAUUUCCAUUCAAAAAAAAAAAAAAAAAAGAAAGACAACUUUUUCUUUCCAUUUUGCGAUGACCGGAAACAAUGUGAUCAAUCCAAAUAUGAAGUUGGGUCUUCAAGAGCAAGUCCAUUUUUGUUUAUGAA